AUGCUUCACAAUUUACUGCAACCUUUCGGAACCGAGAUUGUCGCGACACGUGUUCACAAUAAGCUUGAGGGUAUUUCCUUGUUCAGAACAGAGGUAGCAGCUCGAGCCAUCCGGAAUCAAGCGAGCUUGGCUCAAAUUCAACUUCAUGAAGUGGACUUUUCGGUGUACCUAACGUCCGAGAAAAACGUUUCCAAUGAAGGGAACGCUUCUUCGAUGCCAGGGGUAGUAGAUGACUUCGAGAACGCUCCGCCUCCCUUGUAUUCGGAGAAUUUGGUAGCUAACUUGGGAGAAUCGCUACGCUCCUUUGUAGGGGGCGUCAUGGAGGCAUUUCGGAGCCAAAGAGAGGAUGAUUCCGCAAAAGCAAAUUCUCCCCUCGAGGACGCGCUGCUGAGUAUCCAAAAAACUAUGAAACAGACCAUUACGGAAGCGAAGCUGGCGUACUCAACUGCUAGACGUGUUGAAGACGCUUUCAGAUUACAAUCAGAACUUGUAAACCAAUGCGAAGCGAUGCGGGAGUCCGUUGAGGAGUUGAGCGAAGAACUAAAAGUUAUUCAUAAAGUCGACGCAGAAGGUUCAGCUCUUCGAUGCCAGAUGAAGACACUUUACAAGACGGUUGAAGAGUUGUCGCGUAGGGCUUCAAGAUCGCAGUCAGAAUUUGUCAGCGAAUGCGGAGCCCUGCGAGAGUCCGUUGAGGGAUUGAGCGAAGAACUGGAUGAUAUCCAACGAGUGUCGGCUCAAAAGUCCGACUUGGAAACCUUGAAAUUGAAGAUCGAAGAACUGCGGCCACGAGUGAACCGACUCCCCGAAAUUGAGGGGCUACUCACAAAAUCCGAUUUGAAGAUAGCCUCUCUUGAAACAGAAAUUCUCAAAAUCAGGCAAGAUCAAGCGUCACUGCGAGAGCUUGAGUUCCUGGUGCAACUCAAUAUGACAAGCUCGAACCAAUCCGCAAACAAGUCCAGCUUUGGCGCGAAGAAAGCACGAUUCACAGUACCCUUAUCAGCAAAAGCCGACAGUCCCGAGCGCGGGGCAAAUCAGGGACAGCGUGACUUUGAGGGUUCCGAAUCCGAUUUACAGGAGCAGUUGUUAGAAGCGCAGGAUACAACGGAGGCCCUGCGUUCCGAAAUCACCGCCGUUCGUCAGGAGAGGCAACAUUACCACCGUGCCUCUCAGAAAUUAGAAGCUGAGGCCCAAGAAGCGCGGAAGAUGUCCGCCCUUUGGGAGGAAAGAUAUCAGGAAAGCAAGAGACAGGGGGAGACGGAAGCUUGGGAAGCAGCUACCGAAAUCACGAAUCUCCGUCAAGAGUGUGCCGAAGCAAAAACUAGGCUGGCCCCCUGGACCGACGAACACGCUGUGCAAAAUUUCAAGCGGAUUUUGAGUGAGUUUGAGAAGAUGGAUUUUUCCAAGGCGCGGCCUCUUACCCAACAAGGAAUCCCGUGGCCAACCUUCGUAGACCUCAGCAAGUCCAACUUGGACAUCGUCCAGGAGAUGACCGUAGGUAAUGUCGACCGCUUUUGCAAAGCGUUGGCAAAAGGGAUGGAGCCGGCUGAGAGAUCAAAGGUUCUUCGAAAUCUUCGAGUUCUAUUCCACCCAGAUAGGUGGAGCAGUAGGCGCAUUCUUGAGAGCGUCAUUGAUGAAGGCCUCCGCCGUUCGUUGAUGCAGGCAGGAUUGGUAGCUUCUCAAGUUCUGCCGCUCAGUUGA